GGCCUCCUUUUCCUAAGUUUCAACCUUCAAACGAAAUACCAUCUUUCCUGUUCUCUUUAUCAUUUUUUUUCCCUGUCUUUGCUUUCAUACGUGCAUUCAAACUGUUGGGUUUGGUCCAGAGUUUCAUUUAAUCAUAAAGCCGAACCUGUGAUUAGUUAUCAUCCCAUUUUCUAUAUUUACAUGAUCCGCGAAUUAAACUAUGACGAGAUUAGGCCGGGAUUUUAGUUAUACAAUGCAAAAUGAUGCAGUUUCACCAGUGUCAGCUGAUGUGGUAUUUGCCUCUAGUCGAUUUCCAAAUUAUAAAAUCGGAAGUAACAAACAGAUUGUGGAGGUCAAAGAGAACUCAAAAAUAUCUUCUAUGAAAGAGGUGGUUGCGCAGGAAACUGCCCUGUUGCUAGAGCAGCAAAAAAGACUUUCAGUUCGUGAUCUUGCAAGCAAAUUUGAGAAAGGGUUGGCUGCCGCUGCUAAGUUGUCUGAUGAGGCGAGACUCAAAGAGGCAGCUUCAUUGGAGAAACACGUGAUUCUAAAGAAGCUCAGAGAUGCUCUUGAAGCUUUGAGAGGACGUGUAGCUAGUAAAAACAAAGAUGAUGUCGAGGAAGCUAUUGCUAUGGUUGAAGCUUUAGCAGUUUUGUUAACUCAGAGGGAAGGAGAGCUGAUUCAAGAAAAGGACGAAGUGAAAAAGCUUGCUACUUUUCUGAAGCAGGCUUCACAAGAUGCUAAAAAACUUGUUGACGAAGAAAGGGCUUUUGCACGGGCUGAAAUUGAGAAUGCUAGAGCAGCAGUCCAGAGAGUGGAAGAGGCUCUUCAGGAACAUGAACGAAUGUCACGAGCUUUAGGAAAGCAGGAUCUGGAAGAAUUAAUGAAAGAUGUGCGUGAGGCUAGACGGAUCAGAAUGCUGCAUCAGCCUAGCAAGGUCAUGGAUAUGGAACACGAGCUUCAAGCAUUAAGGAUUCAACUUGCUGAGAAAUCCAAGCGUUACCUAAAGCUCCAGAAAGAGCUGACAAUGAGCAAGAAGGGCAAGGAAAAUACUCCUUACUUAUAUGAAAUAGAUGGUACAGAGGCAUUGGGUUCAUAUCUAGUGAUAUAUCAUUGUUCUGAUAGAGCUCGAGAAAUUUCAGAAUGUAAUAUUCAAUGGUACCGUUCAACCUCUGAAUGUGGCAAAAAGGAGCUUAUAUCAGGUGAAACUUACUUCAUGUUCUUGGCUGAGCCUUUUGAUGUUGGACGAUUUCUAGAGGCUGUUAUUAUGACGGAUGGUCAAACAAUAACAGUGAGAACCACUACUCCAAUCGAUCCGGCGGCUGGAUUAGGGAACUACGUAGAAGCAUUGGUGCGAAGGCAUGACACUGAAUUCAAUGUAGUUAUUAUCCAGAUUAAUGGGGUGGAUAACCAGUCGCAGUCUAUCCAUGUACUGCAUGUGGGGAAGAUGAGAAUGAAACUUUGCAAAGGAAAGACGACAGUGGCAAAAGAAUACUACUCCAAUUUAAUGCAGCUUUGUGGAGUUCGAGGUGGUGGGAAUGCGGCAGCUCAGGCAGUAUAUUGGCAAGCAAAAGACGGGCAGUCCUUCGUCUUAGCAUUUGAAUCAGAAAGAGAAAGAAAUGCAGCUAUUAUGCUGGCAAGAAGAUUUGCAUUUGACUGUAAUAUUAUGCUUGCUGGGCCAGACGAUAGAGCCGCUACAGGAACUUAAUAUACCAAUCUAAUUUUACCCUAGAUAAAUGUAAGUAUAUCGAUGUCCUUGUGUAUCUCGUUUUCUUGGUUUUUAGUCGGCAAUAUAUGUCGAAUUUGCUUGCUUGGUGCUAUGGACCUGCACUACUCACCUUUUCCUUUUCUAGGCAAUUUUUAGUGGCAUUGAUCUGAUUUUAUAUAUAUAUUUUUUCGAUCUGAUUGUAAUGCAAAUCUCGGAAGAGAAAAUCCGGCUGUAACGAGUUUUGUUCGUGUAUCUGAAUUUAUGGGUCAUGUUGAACACUGGAUAGUAGAAUAAAAAGUUUGGGCUUUGCUAGAA